AUGAAGCAGAUGGUCAACAAACGGCUUAUGACCUAUCUCGAUGAAAACUUCCAUCUUGACCAGCGCGAAUUCGCAUUUCGCAAGGGUGGAGGGACUGUAACACACCUCGAAGCCUUUGGAGAAAUCCUCCGGCAGGCUUUGGCGGACGAUCUGCAUGCUGACAUAGCAAUAUUAGACAUAGCCAAGGCCUACAACACAAUCUACCGCGAGGGGGUUCUCCGGCAACGAGCUAGCAGGGAAGUCACCGGAAACCUUGGGAAUUACACCAAGGACUACCUCAACAAACCUGUCUUUCGAGUGGGAGUCGCUAGCCUACUUUAUUCCUCGUCAGCAUGA